GUGUGCAAAUCGGAAAUGCCUGCUGGGAACUCUACUGUCUGGAACAUGGAAUCCAGCCCGAUGGCCAGAUGCCGAGUGACAAAACCAUCGGAGGUGGUGACGACUCCUUCCAAACCUUCUUCAGUGAAACCGGAGCCGGAAAACACGUACCACGAGCAGUAAUGGUUGAUCUGGAGCCGACUGUCAUUGGUGAGUAUCUGUGUGUCUUAUUAACUAGCUUUAUAUUAUUUAGGCUUAUAUCGACGAAUUUAGGGCCGAAUAGCCAACUUGCUUCUAGAACACUUCUUUUUGCAGCAGAUAAGACGACAUUAUUUCGGUUGCUAGGGCUAUUACCAUGGUCCCUUUUGAAAAUUGCAGUUCAAUAA